AUGAAGAGAAAAGAUCAAAGAGAUAUUACUAGAUUCUUUUCGAAAAGAAAUAACACAAACUCUGGAAAUCCAUCUACGCCAAAUUCCAAUCGAUCUCAAGCAAAUCUUUCUCCAUCAAUUAAUAACCCAUCGACUCAAGAAACUAAUAAUGAUCCACAAAAUCAUGAGACUCAAGCCCCGAACGAACAACAAAGAUUGACUGAAGUAGAUGCUACCAAUCUUCCUCAAGAUCCGGGGAAAAGAAGAAGAAUUUUUGAUUUCCAUCCAGAUGAUCAAGAUAACGUUCGGAGGGUUUAUGUCGCAAGAAAACUUUGUCAGCCUAAAAAUCAUGAGUUCCCUUUCAGACCUUUUGGGCAAAAAAAUCGUCGAUUUAACAAAAAAUGGUUUGAGACGUAUAAAUCAUGGCUUGAGUAUAGUGUUGAAAAGGAUGCAGCUUUUUGUUUUCCUUGCUAUUUGUUCAAGGAAGCAAACGCACCUGCCGGAGAUGCAUUUAUUAAUGAGGGAUUCAGAGCUUGGAACAAAACAGAUGCAUACGAAAAACAUAUUGGAGGCAUAUGA